AUGGGUGACCCCAAUGAGAGCGACACUGAGUCGGAAACUCAUGUCGACUCGAACACUGAGACUCCCAAGGGUGACGGCACUGGCGCAGGAUACCCAGCCAGCCACUCCAGCGAGAAGGCUGCACAGAUCGAUGAAGCCCAGCGUGGUGUUCAGAACAUCCAGGCAACUACUCUUGCCUGGUCAAAGACUUCCCUCAUCACGCUGUUGGUCCUCAUCUGGGUCCUCUCCCUUGCCAAUGGCUUCCGUGGUUCGAUCUUGUACAGUUUGAUCCCUUAUGUGACCAGUGACUUCUCGUCGCACUCGCUCAUCCCUGUCAUCGACAUUGUUGCCGGAGCCAUGACAUCUGCAGUAUACAUCCCAAUGGCCAAACUCUUGGAUGUUUGGGGUAGAGCCGAAGGUUUCGCCCUCAUGGUUUUCUUCACCACCCUCGGCAUGGUCUUGAUGGCCGUCUCACACAAUCUUGAGACUUUCUGCGCUGCACAGUGCUUCUAUUCCGUCGGAACGAAUGGUCUUAUCUACACUUACUGUGUACUCGCUGCCGACAUAACCAAUCUCAGAAAUCGUGGCCUCGCGUUCGCUUUCACCUCCUCGCCAUACAUGAUUACAGCUUUCGCCGGCUCAAAGGCCGCCGAAGGGUUUUUGUUGAACGUCAACUGGAGAUGGGGCUUCGGAGCAUUUGCAAUCAUCUUUCCCUGCGUGUGCGCUCCAUUGUUCACAGUCCUCAAGUUCAACGAACACAAGGCCAAGAAGCAAGGACUCCUUGUCAAAAAAGAGAGCAGCGGACCGUUCACCAUUGGCAAAGUCUGGCGCGCCCUUGUCGACUUCGAUUGUGAGUUGCAAACCAAUCAAUGCAAUAUGCUCGGUGUCGUUCUCUUCGCUGGUGGUCUGACAGUGUUCCUGCUGCCAUUUACCCUGGCCACUUCAGCACCCAACGGAUGGAAGACCGACUACAUCAUUGCCAUGAUCGUUGUGGGUAUCGUCGUCUUGGGCCUCUUCACUCUCCAUGAAAUCUACCUUGCGCCUGUUCCGUUCUUGAAGAAAGAAUAUCUCCUCAACCGCACUGUGGUUUUCACCUGCCUCUUGGAUGCGACCUACCAAAUGUCGUACUACUGCUGGAACUCGUACUUCACAUCCUUCCUCCAGGUCGUCAGCAACCUUGAGGUGGCCGAAGCUGGAUACGUCAACAGUACCUUCUCAGUUGUCUCGGGAUUCCUCCUAUUCUGUGUUGGCUACCUUAUCCGCAAGACUUGUCACUACAAGUGGCUGUUGUUCAUCGCAGUCCCGUUGUAUAUCUUCGCCCUAGGCCUGAUGAUCCACUUCCGUCAACCCAACCAGUACAUCGGCUACAUCGUCAUGUGCGAGAUUUUCAUCUCGGUCGGCGGCGCCAUCAUUACUCUUAUUGUACAGCUGGCAGUUCUUGCUUCAGUCGACCAUCAGCACGUCGCCGCUGUCUUGUCAUUGCUUUACAUUAGUGGUGGCGUUGGAGGUGCCAUUGGUAGCACCAUCUCGGGAGCCAUUUGGACCAACACGUUCGAGGGUGGACUUGUGCGCUAUCUGCCGGAGUCUGCCCAGGCAAACGUUACAACCAUUUACGCCAGUCUCCCCGUCCAGCUCUCAUAUCCGGUCAACAGUCCCGAGCGCAUCGGCAUCCAGAAGGCGUACGGAUAUGCCCAGACGAGAAUGCUGUCAGCAGGUGUUGGUCUGAUGGGCCUGUCGCUCAUCUGGAUUGUCUUCAUCAAGAACCUGAACGUCGGCAAAAACAGGCAGACCAAGGGUGUUGUCUUCUGA